AUCUGUAAUAUAAAUGUAAAUAAUGUUGAUUGGAAGAAACGUUAUUACUGACUUGUAUCAUCAGUUGGCGAUUACCAUUUGAGUAUAUUCAUAUAAAAUGAUAUAGAUAUGUAUAUGAGAGAAGUAAUGCGUAUAUUAAGUUCGUAACACACGUGAAUCCCAUUCUCAUUGAUUAGCUAAUCGUUAAAUUAGUGCGAUGAAAUGAAAUUAGUAUCGUUUAGAGAAAGAAUGUCGUAAGGAAAUUAAUAAACGUCGCUGCUACGCUGUUGCUAGUUUUAUUAGCGUAUGGGUUCGAUCUUCAGUAUUUAUAAUGAACAUUUACCUGUGUGUGUGUGUAUUAUAUAUAUAUGUAUAUAUAUAUAUAUAUAUCCACACACAAGUUCAUAUUAUUCAAGGAUCAUAUAAGGCCAUUAUACACGUGCACUGAUGAGAGAUCGGUAAAUAGAAGUAUAAUGUUUUAAACCUGUGUUAGUGUUAAUUUUUACGUAUCAUCGUUGUUUGUGUUAGUAUGUAGGCCAAGCUGGUAUAAGAAUGCAGACGGGGGUACCGACCCGUCAGUCUUUGACACAUAUUUCAAUCUAGUGGAGAAGGAAACGCUCUCGUGUGCGCGACGAAAAGUGACGUUGUAACACAUUAAUAAAGAAAAAGAAGUUGCGCGUGUAAGCAUUUAAAUAUACCGAGCGCUCAGUAUUACACAGAAAAAACUAUCAGAUUACAUGAAGAUAUUAAUAUUUCAUUAAUCGCGGAAUAGAGGUGUUUUAUUUCGAAGCUGAAAUUAUAACGAACUAUUUUGCAUUGGAUCGUUCUAUAUCAAUUAAAAUGCGACAGCUUACGAAAACGGGUCUCAAUAUUCGAUUAAUUUUUGCGAUCACAGCUGCUGUACUGGGAUCAUCGUUUCAACAUGGAUACAAUACUGGUGUGGUUAAUGCUCCUCAAGAGCUUAUUGAAAACUGGAUUAGCGAAGUGAAAAUGAAUCGGACUGGAAUUCCAACGAGUCAAUCCGAAGUAACUGUGAUAUGGUCAAUAACAGUAUCGAUAUUUUGCGUUGGUGGUAUGAUAGGUGGUUCAUUGGUGGGUACAAUCGCUAAUCGGUUUGGUAGAAAAGGAGGUUUGUUGUUGAAUAACAUACUCGUCCUAUUAACUGUCCUACUCGAGGGAUUCGCCAGAAUGGCGAAAUGUUACGAGAUGUUAAUAAUUGGAAGAUUAUUGAUCGGUAUCAAUUCAGGAUUGAACGCAGGAUUGGCACCUAUGUAUUUGUCUGAAAUAUCACCUGUUAAUUUAAGAGGUGCAGUAGGAACGGUUUAUCAGCUUGUCAUCACAAUUUCAAUCCUGAUAGCACAAAUUCUUGGAUUAGAAAAAGUAAUAGGAACGGAAGAUCAUUGGCCUCUUUUGUUUUGUUUAACUGGAGUGCCAGCAUUGUUCCAAGUCAUUACUCUACCACUCUGUCCUGAAACACCAAAAUAUUUGUUGAUUAACAAAGGAAAAGAUAUGCAAGCGCAGAGAGCUUUAACUUGGUUACGUGAUACCAUCGAAGUUCACGACGAGAUGGAAGAGAUGCGAUCGGAAUACGAAUCAAUGAAACUCAUAUCGAAGGUUACGAUGAAAGAACUCUUAGUAAAUUCCAGUCUUAGGAUUCCGCUGAUAAUAGCUGUCAUGGUGAUGCUUGCGCAACAAUUUUCUGGCAUCAAUGCCGUUAUGUUCUACUCGACGAAGAUCUUCAGGACAGCACAACUUAGCCAGUCUGCUGCUCAGAAUGCUACGAUGGGAGUUGGUGCAAUGAAUGUUCUCAUGACGUUAGUUUCGUUGAUUUUGGUUGAAAGAGCGGGAAGGAAAACGUUACUUCUGGUUGGUUUCUCCGGCAUGUGCAUAGACACGAUUUUAUUAACUAUUUCUCUUGCAUUUUCUGACACAUCCGACGUAGCUGCUUACUUCUCCGUAAUAUGCGUCAUUCUAUUUGUAGUAUUGUUCGCAAUAGGUCCUGGAAGCAUUCCUUGGUUUUUGGUGUCUGAAUUAUUUAAUCAGUCGGCACGACCUGUAGCUACUUCUGUAGCCAUUGCUGUUAAUUGGACAGCUAACUUUGUCGUUAGUAUUGGAUUUCUUCCUCUCCAAGAAGCACUUGGUGCUUACGUGUUUAUAAUUUUUGCAGCGUUACAAGGAUUCUUUACUUGUUUCAUUUUUAAGAAAGUACCAGAAACUAAAAAUAAAACAAUAGAGGAAAUUACUAGUAUGUUUAGGCAAAUAUCCUAUCAGUGAGAGGAUAAUACAUAUCUUUAGAUAGAGAUUCAUCAGUGAAAAAAUUUAAUGUGCCGAACUAACGCAGAUGUAGAUCCUACGGGAGAACAUGCAUCUGACAGAUUAGUAAUAUUGUGUUAAUUGUUUACAUCAUUUUCAUAUUUUCGAUUAUUAUUUCAUAUUCGAUUUUCCAUUUCGUAUUAUUACAUCUACGAUGAACAAACAUGACAAAAAAAGAUGUACAUUAAAAGUUGUACAUAAAAUUUGAUACAUAACAGUUAACAAAAUUAUAUCAUUGUAUAUCGUCCUAUAAAAAAUAACUUGUUUUAAACGUACAAUUAUACUGACAAUAUUCAUUUUUUACGUGUCAUAUAAAAGCGCAUCAAUUAAUAUAUCGUUAGAUCGCGCACAUUUUUAUAAGAUACUAUUCUUUUGCUUUUAAGAUUAUAAAAUUUUUAAUGAAACUUUAAUUUAGUUCCUAUUAUUCCUGGGACUGUAUCAGUAGAAAACAGAUCAUCAGAUAUUGUGUAGGAGACUCGAUUAAUAUAAAAUUAUAAUAGAGUCCUUCCAAAUAGUAAUCUGUUUUUACAAGAAGAUACCCAAAUAUGCAAAUGAAUUUUUGUGCCUGCAAAGAAUUAUAAUUCUAGUCAUGAGAAGACAUUUGUUUAAUAUUAAAUACAAAUAGCUAAAGGGGUCUUUCUUCGGGGAAAAACAAACAAUUACAAAACCUCUUAUUACAAAACCCUGUCUUUUGUGUAUUUUUUAUGAGAUGAGUUUUCAAGAUUGAGAUUAUCGUUCUAAAAAAGUGGUAGAGUACAUUUAAUCGUUAGAUGUUAAGAAAAUUGCUACUGAAAAGAUGGAAAGAUUUUUUGCCUUUAAAGUAGAUUAUUGCAGUAGGUGUGAUAUUGAUGAUUUAUAUAAUCUGAAAUAUAAUACAAAAAAGUAUACAUAUUUUAUUAUAAUAAUCUUAAAUGUUUUAUCAAAUAAAAAGAAAGAUUGACAAGAAUUGUAAAUAUGGAUGUAGAUGUAUAGCAAGAUUAUCAUAACUAUAAAUGGCAUAGAAUAGAAAAUAAUUAUAUUUAUGUAUGCAUGUAGUUUACUAAUGGUUAAAAAAAUUUAUCCACAAGCAUAAUUAUGUUCGUAAUCUGUACACAAUCGUUAUUCUAAUGACAUUUAUAUAUAUUAAAUGCAUAUACCAAGCAUAUUUCAUUGAAAGCUAAUCAUUUUGGCAAUUAAAUGUAAGAAUAGCAUAUGAAUACAUAUUUUUUUAGAUGUAUUUAUAAACUCAAAUAAUACUCAGAUAUAAAAUCAUUUAUAAUAUCGAUACAACGAAGAAUGUUAAGAAUUUAAAAGUGUGUGUACAUGAUUGCAACAUGCGUUAAAACAAAGAAAAUAUGUAAGUUACAAUAUAUCUGACUUUAAUUUAUGAAUUCUGCACAAAGGUAUUUUUAUUGUCAUAACUCUCACUGAUAUAUCUCUUGGAAAAUAUAUUACAGAACAAAAUUUCUUCAUUCAUACUUACAAUUUAAACAUGCAUAUUUGCAUUUAAUGGAACUCCUAUUGUAGAUACAAUAUUACGUUUAAUUUAUACAAUAGUCGGCGUAUCUUGUGGACUACUAUGUAAAAUAAAAUAAAUGUUGGAACAUCUUACAAUCGUAAUGCAAGUCAGUGAGAAAUUUAAUUUAUGUAUAUAAAGUAUUCUAAAAAGUUUAUGAUCGUGAUACAUUAUUUCAAACGAAAUAAAUUUCUUAAUAUAACGCAUAAA